AUGUCGCAAGAUAACCGCGGGCGUCUACCCCCGAAUCUCCAGGAUGAGUCUGACGUCGAGGAGGAGGCACUCGUCAAUGACUACCGGGAGCAGGUACAUUUCGACGAUGGCAUGAGUGAACUGGACCGAACCACCUCCCUAGGCGCAACAUCACAAACACAAGACUUGCAGGCCCAGCUAGCUGCUGCUGCCACCCCACUAGAAUACCAGGCUACGCUGGAGACGAAGUUUGCGAGCUAUGAUAACUACUGUAGCUUGUUCCAUUAUAUCCUGAACUCAGAUGGCCCUGUUGAUCUCGAAGUUCCAUCGUACUUCUGGGCUUGGGAUGUGAUUGACGAAUUCAUCUACCAGUUCGAGUCCUUCUGCAGAUACCGGAACCGAGUGGCUCGCACCGGUUCGAAUGAGGAGGAAGCACAGCUAUUGCGCGAGAACCCAAACACAUGGGGCUGCUAUUCUGUUCUCAACGUGCUCUACUCUCUCAUCCAGCGAUCCCAGAUCAACGAGCAGCUCGCAGCUAUAAAACGAAAUGAGGACCCCAUGGCUGUUGCCGGAGAGUAUGGAUCUCGCCCUCUGUACCGAAUGCUGGGAUAUUUCUCCAUUAUCGGCCUGCUACGAGUGCACUGUCUGCUCGGAGACUUCAGUCUCGCCCUUAAGACCCUGGAUGACAUUGAAAUGAACAAGAAGGCCAUGUUUGCCCGUGUCAUGGCCGCUCACUUCACCACAUACUACUAUGUCGGUUUCUCCUACAUGAUGAUGCGCCGCUAUGCUGACGCCAUUCGCAUGUUCAGCCACAUCCUCGUCUACGUCUCGCGGACGAAGAACUUCCAAAAGGGCCGUGACGGCUAUGAUGCCAUUGCCAAGAAGAACGACCAGAUGUACGCUCUCAUCGCCAUCUGCGUUGCCUUCCACCCCACUCGUCUCGACGACACCAUCCACUCCGCUAUCCGCGAGAAGUACGGAGACCAAUUCAACCGUCUCCAGCGCGGCCGUCCCGAUGCUCUCCCAAUUUUCGAGGAGCUGUUCCGCUCCGCCUGCCCCAAAUUCAUCAGCCCCACGCCUCCAGACUUUGAUAACCCAUCCCUUAACGUUGACCCUGUCGAUCAUCAAACUGCUAUUUUCAUGGAUGAAGUCAAGAACACCUUGUUCAACCCUACCGUCAAGUCUUACUUGAAGCUCUACACGACCAUGGACUUGAAGAAGCUCGCUGGUUUCCUGGAAGUUGACGCUGAGCAACUUCGCGCCUGGCUGUUGAUUAACAAGCAGCGAAGCAGGCAGAUUCGCUGGGUAGAUGGUGGAUUGUUGGAUGGAGAAGCUGUUAAUGCCGGAGAUCUCGAUUAUGCCAUUGAGGGCAACCUGAUUCACAUUAGCGAGGUCAAGGCCGGACGAAGACUUGUUGACUGGUACCUUCGCAACCUUGCCAGAACCUACUAA